ACUAUCACAAAUUAAUAUUUCCCUACAUUCCGUUAGUAAUUCUCUAUAAACAACAUUUUCUCUUUCUCCACCCACAACCACCCUCCGCCCUCCACUCACUCAACUCUCCACGCCUCACACCUCCCCUCGCUGCGUGAUCCUCAACAUUGCACCUUCCCACACACAAUCCCCGGUGGUCCAGUCCACCACUCCGAGACACUACAUGGACUGGAACCGAUGUUGACAGCAUCACAAGUGAACCUCCUAGAAGGUAACUUCCAGAAUGUCACAAUGGCGGUCAAUCGUGGUCUAUCAAACCGCGUUGUCAUCGAUUUGACCCUCGAUGAAGAUGAAGAUGAACUAGACCCACAAGACCGUGAAAAUACCGCAUCUGCUCUACUUGAAGGCUUCAAGUCGAAUCAGAAACACGCCGCUCCGGGCGACCUCGCUUCACAAUCGUCGAAGAAGCAAAGAGUGGUCGAUGAUGGAUCGCUUUCGUCUAUUUUGAAUGGACUGAUGCAAUCCCCCGUGGGGGGUCCUUCGAAUGAUCCUGCGCCUACACAGGCGGAAGAUGUUAAAGAUUUCGAUCCCCGCCCAACCUCUGAGCGAGUCCUGAACGGCAGGAACUUGACCGCUACAGAUGGGAAUGAUCGUAUCCCUAGACACCCGUCCAACGGUACACUGAACCCCUCAAGUCUCGAAAUACGGAAUCGAAGAAUAGGUGAGGAAGGUCCGGCUUCGUUCAGGCCACCCCCGCCACUGAAGCGAAACGUUUGUCGAAGAUCAGAGCCAUUCCCCAAGAUUGGUCUGCAUCUGCUGGACAGGGCCCUGGAAGAUAGUUCGCGGCUGUAUCGGGGCCACUUACGACUACAAUCGCCAGAGAAUGCUCCGCCGUCCGAGACUCAUGACUCUGUCAAGAGUAAGGCAGCGGCGAGCAAUUUGAGACUACGUCCCGUACCUUCUAAAGCCCAUCUAAUUACGCAAACAGCAGAACACACUCUAAAACGGGCAAGUCUAGCAAAGAAAGAGCUAUGGAGUCCGGACAACAGUGUGAGUCGUAGCGCCCCGAGCGAGAGUUAUAAAGAAGUCAUUUCGCCAAGUCGACCGGCCAGGGUUUCUGCCGUGCAGAAUCGGACCCAACACACUCAUUUGCCAAUGGGAACCACGCCUAAAUUGACGUUUAAACCCUUGAUGCAUACGCCUAUGCAAGCCUCUGGCACGGUUGUCGGUCGAGCUGCUACAAACGGAUUCUUCACCCACGCCUCCUCAAAUGAUCUGGUGCCGCCUCCGGUCAUAGUUUCCGGGACUGCAGUACAGUGCGGAUCAUUUCGAUAUGAUACCAAAGGCCGCGACCACAGUGGCACGCAUUUCAUGCCUGACCAACACGCUGUUCUGGUGCUUAUGAAAGAAAAGCUGGGUGCACCUAUGAAGGACAUUGCAGCGAUCCUAGGGCGUACAGUGAACACACUUAAUGUUCAAUGGUCGACACGGAUUCAGAGGGGCGCUGGCCACGGCCCCGGGCCUCGAAAGGCUGCAUUAAGCCUUCUGCCAGCAUCAGUACGAAAGGAGCUAAGCGAUAGCGAUCCGACGUCCGACACUGCAUCUGAAGCGUCAGAGUCAGAGUCGCAGGCCUCUAUGCCGUUCGAUGCCCCUGGUGUACGACGGCAGACUCGACGCACAAGGCCACUGCUAAACUAUGCUGAGAAGCCGCUGGAUUUGGACGACCUUGAUGAGGUUAUUAUCUCUGCUCCGGUCUCUGCUACAGAGCAAACCAAGGCGGGAAAUAUCCAAGCGCGAUGGGAAAGGCGGCUGAAGAGACAACAAGUAGAACGGCUUUCGUCUAGGCCUUACCUCGCCGAGAAUACGCGCAACAGUCUUGUCAAUAGGCUCCGAAACGGAUCAAUCUGGGAAAAGACUCCAGAUUCGGAUGUCUCGUGGACGGACAGCGGCCUUCACAUCGGGUUUACACAAGCCGAAGUAUCGGAGCUUAAUAGCUGUAUUAGGUCUCUCGGCAUCGAUGCUACGGUUUCCGUGUCUGGUGAUCGAUUAUGGCUCUCCGCGGACCUCUCAGAAGCUCAGUUACUAGCGAUAUCUCAUUCUGCCCAAGAGCGGCUUCAGUUUAGGCGAAGUCUUGCUAGCAUUCAGGACUUUCUACGCGAUGCGCGCACUGGAAUGGCGACAAGCCCCCAAAUUUUGCUCCUUCAGGGCACAAGGCGUCCUGUGAUGUCCCCGUCCCAAGAACUGCGGAGUAGGGAGAUCAGGCAGACUACACCUUCCAUUACCCGAAGCCUGAAACGUACCGUGUAUGACUCUCUUGGUCCUUCCCUUACCUUUACCGGUACCUCCGGAUCAGUUGUAUCGGUGGCGUGGUCGCCUCAGGGUGACAUGUUUGCAGCUGGCGCAUCCUGUUUGUCUGAAGGCAAUGAUGCUAUAUAUAACCAGCCGUAUAACGUGCUUCUGGGGAAGCCUAGCAGCAAGACGAUUCAUGAACUAGCUAGUCACCGAAAUCGUUCUACCGGCCUACACUCCACCGUCACUCAGGUUGCCUUUUCCCUCGACGGCUCUUCACUGUACUCCACGGGAUACGACGGCCACUUGCGACGGAAUAAGGUGCGAAAGAGCCAGAUGAGAGAGGAUAUAACCUGCAAUCUUCAUCGUAAGGUGGUUGUUAUGGAUGUCAGCCAAGCAAACCUUGUUGCCACCGGAAUUAAGCGCUCCGACAAGUCAAUCACUAUCUUCAAUUACGCAGAAUAUCGGUCAGAAGCGAGUGCGGAUGAAAGUCCGAUACGACUACGGUCCAAAAAGGCGGCAGGAAAGCCGGAAGCACAUAUAUUCCCUACCUGUUUGCAUUGGGGCAAGCACGCCUAUACUCAGGGCUACCUUCUCGCCGGAUUCGGUGAAGAACGUGAUACCAAUUCGCAGCCUGAGAAGAGCGGGGAUCUCUGUAUCUGGGACGUGGACCACGGGUCCAAGGUUUUCGAUGUGUCGCCUUCCUCGAGUAAGGUAUUUGAGUGCGGUUGGAGUCCUCAUUCGAAUCAGUUUGCAGCAGCUGUGGUGGCGGACCGACAUAAACUGAACAUCAACCGCGGAACAAGGACCGAAGUCCGAAUAUACCCGAUGAAUAUCAAUGCCCGGUAUUCUUCUGCGAUCGAGCUUGAGUCGCCGGCUUACGACAUCAACGAUGUGAUCUUCUCCCCCUUUGAUCAGAGCAUCGUGGCUGCUGGAAGUACUGAUGGGAAAGUACGAGUCUGGGAUCUUCGAAACCCAAACCAAGUGCUGCAUACAAUGUCGCACGGUCUCCCGAUCACCCCGUUGGACGAUGACGAGCCGCUUGAACUUGCCGACACGGGUAUACGGUUUCUUUCUUGGGGCCGGGAUCGUCACCGGCUAUUCAGCGGAUCGUCGGAUGGGGUGGUGAAAUCGUGGGACAUUUAUCAGUCCGGAUCUCGUGAUUGUGGCUUCGUGCGCGAUCAUAUUCAGCUUCAAUCCGCCAUCUUGUCUGGAUCGUUCUCGCCGGAUUUCUCGAAGCUGCUUAUCGGAGAAGACAAGGGCGCCAUCCAAGUGCUAGAGAUUGGGAAUGAGGACCGCACGUUGCAUGAUGCACAGCCAUUCGCUCGACACGAUGAUCCACGUAGGAAAAGGGAUGAGGCAAAGCAGAAGAAGAAGGAGCAGGCGGAGAUUUGCACGUUCGAGGAAGAGUUAAAGAUGCAGUGGGACUUGAAGGCUGGGGUAACCGCUACCUCAACUCCGAAGGACACACUUCCUCGCUCCUCAUCCCGUCGUGGUGAUUUCACCGACAUCGUUCAAGAAAUCGGCGACUCAGGAAGAUCUCAAGGCCGGAUUCCCACGAACUUAUUUUCCGCGCCUGUGGGCCGCCCCGUGGACCAACGACGAGCACUGUGCCCGUCAUGUCAACGGCCAACUCGCUUUAAGUCCACCGAUGAGGAGAAGCCUGUCGCGGAGACUUGUGACCUCUGCCACUUCACCUGCUUCUCGUGCGGGAAUCAGGCCAUCGUGCUCGAGAAUGAUCAGGCGGUUCACUGCUCGAACUGCGGAACCUGGGAACUCGGCGGUCUGGGGUACCAGAAAAUUCAUGGUGGCGUGGUGCCACUUCGAUCGAAAGCAGAAGAAUGUGAGGAAACUGAAACCGUCAAUCUUCUAGACGAGAUUGAGGACUAUACGUCUUCUCUCUAUGUCUAGUCGGGUUAGAAUGGCGUUGGAAGACGUGAAGGUCCGCCAGCUGAGCUUGUUACAAAUUUGCAGGGGAGCAACCUGAAGCGUGAACGUGGGGGAUUCUUCGGGAAACGAAAUGGAAGGGAGCGCAUCAUGACCUGCGUAAUGAAGUUUGGACCAUGCGUCAAGCAAUGGUGUAUAUUAUACAUGUGUGCUCAUGCACACCAGACCCUUUGAAAGGGGCUAAGACUCAGCAGGUUCAUUAAGGCACAGCAUAAUAGCGAAU